AUGUUUAUCAGUGAUUCAAUCGCUUCCAAAUAUGAUAAGUAUGAUGAACAUAGCAGUGAGUGGUUGGGGUGUCAGAACGACAUAUACUGCGUACAAGAUUUCGUAUCUGAUUAUAUUCAGUACCGGAUUCGCAUACAUGGAAAUCAUAGCAUAUCAAAAUUUAUACAUGCAUGUAGGCAAGGUUCCGAAAAUGAUUUGAUUCGUUCUGUGGCUUUAAUUUUUGAGGAGAAACAUGAAGAAGAGCUCCAAAAAAUGAUGGAAAUGUUGUGCGAGAACAAAAGCUUUUCGCUUAAUCAGUAUAUUGAAAUUAUGGAACAUUUCGUCUGUAUUCAAGAUGAAACACCGUCACAAAUGUCUUAUGGUCGUCUGAUAGCACUAAUCGCAUUCGCUGGAUUGAUUGCUACACGGUUAAACGACAUGAAAUGUUUCGCGGAAGUUUCAAUGGUUAUGUCAUAUACUUCAAAGUUUUUGCAACAAAGAAUUGCCUUGACAUGGCCACAUCACAAGCGUUCUUGGAGCAAAUUUUUUGAUCUUGUAAGGACGAUAAUCAAGCUAAACAAAAAAGAAGAAGCAAAACCAAAGGUAGAGAAGAAUAAAUGGUGGUCAGCAAUUAGCCGAUUAGCUGUUUUCAGUGUUCUAAGUAUUACCGUUUUCACAUUAUUUAAAUUCAUGCUUAGAGCACGAUAA